AAAUUAAAUUGGCUGUACAGAAGACGAAGAUUUCAGAAGAUCUCGAACGGGCGCAAAGUGAACACACGAGGCGAAUAAAAUAAAUAUUCAAUAUUUACUCGAGUGGUCUUAUAAAUAAUUUAUAAAUUAUAAAUUAUUAACAUUUUUAUUUAAUUAAUAAUUAAAUUCAACUAAACUAAACGAACGAAAAUGGUUUACGAAAGCGGAUUUACUACUCGCAGAACCUACUCCAGCAGGCCAGUUACUACGUCGUAUACCGUAUCGUACCCAUCUGUACAUAGAGUAUAUAAAACGAGUUACCCAAUCUACUCAACGAUUCCAAAACGUAUAUUUUCUGGAACCCGCAUUGUUACAUCGCCAAUUCGUGUUGUAAGCUCACCAGCUCGCGUUACAACGACACGCAUUGUUCGUUCUCCAUCACCAGUGCGUAUUGUUCGGACUACAACUCGAGUGAUCUCUUCUCCGGAGCGUACCACCACCUAUAGUUAUACAUCACCAACAACUAUUUAUAGCCCAACAUAUGUACCAUCAACUUAUUACAGUUAUUAUACACCAUCUUCCUAUACGUACACUACACCAUCCUAUGUAUACCAACCCAUUUCACGUGUGUAUACACGCUCACUUAGUCCAGUAAGGAUAACAACUUCACCUGUACGUGUCACUCCUUCCUACCUAAAGAGAAUCCCAACAGGAUACGGUGCUCGUGCUCUAACUAAUUACCUCAACACCGAACCCUACACUACCUUCCAAGAUGAGACUAGAAGAAUUCGUCAUAGAGCACAAUCUUUGAUUCGCGAUGUGCACACUCCAGUUAUUCGUAGAGCACGCAGCGCCACACCCUUCCCAGUGAUAGGAUACAACUAUGAACCAACCUCACAGUUGGCUCUUGAUGCAUAUGUUGCCAGAGUAACAAACCCCGUGCGUCAUGUCGCUAAGGAAGUACAUAACAUUAUACAAUAUCCUGAAUCACCACGUAAAUAUGUAGUAGCGGAUCUGGACCCUUUCCGACCAACGAGAAAAUUUUCUGCUCCACUACCAUUGGAAAAUCCUGUGGAUGAAGAACACAGAGAGAAAGUUCGUAUGCGUCAGGAACGUCUUUUAACUGUAAAUGAAGAAGCUUUGGAUCAAGUAGAAUUGGAAAAAAAACAAGCUCAACGUAUUGAUGAAGCCAGACGUAAGGCUGAGAAGGCUCUGGAAGAACAAAAGAAACGCAAGGCUGAAGAAGAGGAACAAAAGCGUUUGGAAAGUGAACGUAAAACAAAAGCGGCUGAAGCAAAAGCUGCAGAAUCAAAAGCUGCACGUAAAGCUGAACAAGAAAAGGUGCGUUUAGCUGAAGAGCAAGCGCAACAAGCAGAAGCGGCUCGUGCCGCAGAAGAAGCACGAUUGGCAGAUGAGGCGCGUUUAGCUGAAGAAGCACGUUUAGCCGAAGAAGCACGUGUUAUUGAAGAAGCUCGUUUAGCCGAAGAAGCUCGAAAAGCUGAAGAAGCUCGUUUAGCAGAAGAAGCUGUAAAAGCUGAAGAAGCUCGUUUAGCCGAAGAAGCUCGAAAAGCUGAUGAAGCUCGUUUAGCUGAAGAGGCGCUUUUGGCUGAAGAGGCUCGUUUGGCAGAAGAAGCUCGUUUAGCUGAAGAAGCACGCGUUGCUGAAGAAGCUCGUCUUGCCGAGGAGGCACGUGUCGCUGAAGAAGCACGCAAGGCGGAAGAAGAACGUAUAGCCGAAGAACAACGUGUUCGUGAAGAAGAACUAAAUCGCUUAGCUGAAAUUGAAAAACAAGCAGCAGAGGAGCAAGAAGCUGAAUUAGCACGUCAAGCUGCCGAAUUAGCUGAAAUCGCCCGUCAAGAAGCUGAAAUUGCUGCCCAAGAGCUGCAAUCACUACAACAAGCAGCAUCUGAUACAAAUGUCACUGCCACAAGUUCUGACGAGCCAAUCGUUGAACAACCUGCCACUCCUGUCGAAGACAUAAAACAGGAACCAAUCAUCGAACUGAGCACAGGCAUCGAUGAAGUCAUAUCAGACACUGAUGCAAUCGCUACCGAAGAAUCUGAAGAAGAAUAAAAAUAUUAAAUAAAAACUUAUCUACACAUUACACAAUACACAAAACACAAUACACGAAACAUAAUACACAAUACACAACACAAACAUCAAAUUAUCAAAAUUUAAGUUGAAUUUCUACCGAAAGAACCACGAAUCUCUCACUUAUUGAACUUACAAGAAAUGUGUUCAAUGCAAUUUAUUUGCUGAAUUUUUUGCUAACAAAUAGCUUAGCAAAAUCAUUUUAAUUAUUAGAAUUUUGGUUAAAUUGUUCCUUUUUAUUAAAAAAAAAAUUAAUAUUAUAUAAACUCAUUGCUAAUAUAACCUAAGACAGGUUUAAAUCCUUUGAGAGAAGGACAAGUUUAAAUCCUUUGAAAGUACUGCGUGAAUUAGAAGAUCGCAAUGAAUGGGGCAAGGUUGUCGUAUAUCAGAAUCUACACCGAUAUAACGUCAUUAUCCUGUAUGCAAUGAUACGAAAUUUUUUGCCUCUAAAGUUCGGUCUUUGCUUUUAGUGCAUUUUCCUCUCACUCAUUUUGAGGGGCUUUACCCCUUUUUUUAUUUUAUUUACUCAUUAAAAAUCAUUGAAUUUGCUGAAAUGUGCAAAAAUAUUAUUAA